UCAAGGCUGUUGUGCGUUGUGUUUGAGUCAUCCCUGACAUUCCAGUUCCCUUCAAAAUCAACUGAUAAGCCACGAAUCGGUUGACAGAGGGUGGCUGUAGCGUCUACUCUUUGUGCACUUCACUAUCUACUACUAUCAUGUCGUCGCAGUUGGAUAAACAUCUUUUCAACCUCAAGUUUGCUGUUAAGGAAUUAGAGCGAAACUCAAAGAAAUGUGAGAAAGAGGAGAGGAAUGAGAAAAUGAAGAUGAAGAAAGCAAUACAAAAGGGCAAUACUGAGGUAGCAAGGAUUCAUGCUGAAAAUGCUAUACGUCAAAAGAAUCAGUCUGUCAAUUAUCUCCGAAUGAGUGCUCGAGUUGAUGCUGUUGCUAGUCGUGUUCAGACUGCACUAACAACUAGCAAGGUGACCAAUUCUAUGCAAGGUGUUGUCAAAGCAAUGGAUGCAGCCAUGAAGUCAAUGAAUUUGGAGAAAAUAUCUAAUCUGAUGGAUAAGUUUGAGUCCCAGUUUGAAGAUCUAGAUGUCCAGAGCUCCUACAUGGAGAAUACUAUGUCCCAGACAACUACUACAAAUGUCCCUCAAUCAGAUGUGGACCAAUUGAUGCAGCAAGUUGCGGAUGAGGCAGGGCUGGAUCUCAACAUGGAGCUGCCACAGGGACAGACUGGAUCCAUCGGCACUUCAACCCAGGUUUCACAAGAGCAAGACGAGCUUACACAACGCUUAUCCCGACUGCGUCAAAUGUGAUAGAUGUCCUAAUUGAUUGCAAUGUACUGGCUGUGUGGUUUUUACCUGUGCACAAGCCUUGCUGCUUUUUUUUUGUUUUGGUUCCAAAGUUGAGUCUUUUAAAAUUGUUAAAUGAAAACAAAUGAUUGGAUCUGUAUUUCUGUAAUUGAAAGAGUACACCAUGUUUCUCUAAAUUAUGGGUAGUUUAGUUUUUUAAAUGAGUUGAGCCAUUUCAAUUGCUACUGCUUGAUUCAAUAUUUUGGGUCAAAGCUGAAAAUCUUCAGUAUUUUUCCUUUUCACAAUAUUUCUUUCAAGCCAGGGUAAGGUCUUCAUUUCUUUUUUUCCUUAUUUUGAGCUCAUUAAUAAAAUAUCUUUUUUCUAAUGCCUUUUAACUAAGUAUUUUGCCACUCAGACUUAAAUGAGUAGCUGGCUAUUCAUUCUACUUCAUUAGCACAGUUUUGUGCUAAAUCAACUUAAGCUGCUUGCUCUAAGAAUAUUCAUCGGAUAUGCAGGGCAUUUUUUAAUUUGUAUUUUAAUCUGCUUUUAAAAGCAUUCUUUAAGACAAGACAAAUCUUCAUUGGGAAGUACUUUGUGUUCUGUCUUCAUUCCUAUAAAUCUGUGCUUAAGUUUGCUUCUAUUAUUAAGUUUAUUUCAAUUAAAGAUAGGAAACAUAA